GUUGACUCGCUUCUAUCUUGACCUCAGCAAAGAAAAACAAUGGCGGCUUCUCUGCAAUCAGCAAACCCUACAUUGUCACGAACCCUAGCUUCUCCGAACAAAUCUCCCUCCUUCGCCACCUUCCGAUCUCCAUUUCUCAGAUUCAAUUCCACCUCCGUCGCUUCCAAUUUCAAACCCCUCGUUUCACGAGAAGCAUCCUCAUCGUUCGUCACACGCUCCGCCGCCGAGCCACAAGAGAGAAAAACCUUCCAUGGACUCUGCUAUGUCGUCGGUGACAACAUCGACACUGACCAAAUCAUUCCCGCAGAGUUUCUCACUCUCGUCCCUUCGAAUCCAGAAGAAUACGAGAAACUCGGUUCCUACGCUCUAGUUGGUCUUCCAGCUUCUUACAAGGAACGAUUCGUCCAGCCAGGAGAGAUGAAGACGAAGUACUCAAUCAUCAUCGGCGGCGAAAACUUCGGAUGUGGAUCGUCACGUGAACAUGCUCCGGUUUGUUUAGGAGCAGCCGGAGCUAAAGCAGUGGUGGCUCAAUCUUAUGCUAGAAUCUUUUUCAGGAACUCUGUGGCUACAGGUGAGGUUUAUCCGUUGGAUUCGGAGGUUAGGGUUUGUGAUGAGUGUAAAACUGGUGAUGUUGCGACGGUUGAGUUGAGGGAAGGUGAUAGUAUUCUGAUCAAUCAUACGACGGGGAAAGAGUAUAAGCUUAAGCCGAUUGGUGAUGCUGGACCAGUUAUUGAUGCUGGUGGUAUAUUUGCUUAUGCUAGGAAAGCUGGAAUGAUUCCAUCUGCUGCUGCUUGAUUUUACCUUUUAGGUGUCAAUGCAAGUGCAUGAGAGUCUCUUGAAGGAUCUUGAUCCAAUAAAAAGAACAAUAAGAAUAUGUAAUGUUUCCAAAAAGCUUAUGAACCUACUCUAUGUUUUAUGAAUAUAUAUGACUAUUGAUGAUUGGCUUAGUCUUCAGUUUCGGUUUUGCUUGUCUACAUUUGGAUGUUUCAGCUGCUAAAAAUGCAUGCAUAGUUUAUUUGAAA